GAGCCGCCUCCUCCUGAAUCCCUUUCUCCCGCCUCCGCCCCACGCACCCCCGAGAGAGGCCGCGAGAUUUCAGCUUGAGAUCCGUGAGGAAAAAUCUCGCGAGAGCGGGACUAGGGCUCAACCUGUGGAGGGGCGGUUAGGCAGGCGCCCGGGGUCCUUGUUCGUCUGUGGGCUCUGUUUUCCGGCGGGGUCGUCGGCUUUCUUGCCGGAGGCUCAGGGUUUCGUUUGUGCCUCGUCCCUCCACCAGAGAAAUGGUCGGUUCCCCUAGUCUAAGAACGCUUUAAACAUCAGUAGUAAAAGUCUUUUGUAAGCACGGAGCUAACACCUGGAAAGGAAUAUUGUGCAACAUGGAUUCUUUACAAGAAGAAUUUUCUGAGAGUAGAGAUACUGCUGAGGAGGAGCAGAUUAAAGAAGAAAUGGAAAAUAAUGUAGAAAAAUCAACCAGUGAAAUGGACAAACAGAAAAAGGACAUACCUACUGAUCUUAUCCCUACUAACUUACUACUUGAAGUGAAGAAGUUAUUGACUGCAAUUAGUAGUCUACCUAAAGGUGUGGUUCCUCACCUUAAGAAGUUCCUACAAGAAGAUUUUUCAUUUCAGUCGAUGCAGAGAGAAGUUACAGACAAUAACCAGAAUGGAGAAGAAACUGUUCCGGCUUUAACUUUGCGUUUUUUGAUAAUACAACUAGAAAUAGCACUUAGGAACAUCCAAGCUACAAAUUAUACUGCACAUCAGAUUAAUAUUGGUUAUUAUUUGACAUUACUGUUUUUGUAUGGGGUAGCACUCACUGAAAGAGGAAAGAAAGAGGAUUAUACAGAAGCUGAGAAUAAAUUUCUGGUGAUGAAGAUGGUGAUCCAAGAAAAUGACAUUUGUGAAAAUUUCAUGUCUUUAGUUUAUUUUGGACGUGGCUUGCUUCGGUGCUCUCAGAAGAGAUAUAAUGGAGGGUUGCUAGAAUUUCACAAAAGCUUACAAGAAAUAGGAGAGCCAAAUGAUCAGUGGUUUGACAUAGAUCCUUCAGAAGAUGAAGAUUUACCUACAUCUUUCAAAGAUCUUCUCAAUGAUUUUAUCAAGACAACUGAAAAUAAUAUAAUGAAACAGACCAUUUGUAGUUAUCUAGAUUGUGAGAGAUCUUGUGAAGCUGACAUUUUAAAGAACACCAAUUAUAAGGGAUUUUUUCAGUUAAUGUGCAGUAAAAGUUGCUGUGUUUAUUUCCAUAAAAUUUGUUGGAAAAAGUUCAAGAGUUUAAAAUAUCCAGGUGAAAAUGAUCAGAGUUUCAGUGGGAAAAAAUGUUUGAAAGAGGGAUGUCCAGGUGACAUGGCAAGGAUGCUGCAAUGUGAUGUACCUGGAAUUGUUAAAAUUGUGUUUGAAGUUGUGAGACAGGAUGAAUAUAUAACCAUUGAAACUUUAGGAGCAAGUUAUAAGAAGUUGAUGUCUCUGAAAAUGAGUGACACUGAUAUAAAACCGAAGAUCAGUUUAAAAUUUAAUACAAAAGAGGAGAUGCCUAUCUUCAAACUCAAUUAUAAUUAUUUCUAUCAUCUGCUUCAUAUAAUUAUUAUUUCUGGUACUGACAUUGUCCGGCAAAUAUUUGAUGAGGCUAUGCCACCCCUUCUAUUGAAAAAAGAGCUGCUUAUACACAAGAAUGUGCUGGAAUCAUACUACAAUCAUCUUUGGACCAAUCACCCUUUGGGUGGAUCAUGGCAUCUGCUUUAUCCCCCAAACAAGGAGCUACCACAGUCCAAACAGUUUGAUUUAUGCCUCCUGUUAGCUCUCAUAAAACAUUUGAAUGUGUUCCCUGCACCCAGGAAAGGCUGGAAUAUGGAGCCACCAUCUUCUGAUCUCUCUAAGUCUGCAGACAUCUUGAGGCUAUGCAAAUACAGGGAUUUUCUUCUUAGUGAGAUUUUGAUGAAUGGUCUCACAGAGUCACAGUUUAAUUCCAUUUGGAAAAAAGUUUCUGAUAUUCUUCUGCGCCUUGGGAUGAAACAAGAGGAUAUAGACAAAGUGAAGGAGAAUCCCAUUGAGAAUAUAUCUCUAGAUUACCAUCAGCUAUCUAUCUACUUAGGCAUACCAGUACCAGAAAUCAUCCAGAGGAUGUUAUCCUGCUAUCAACAAGGGAUUGCUCUACAGUCAAUAACAGGCAGUCAAUGUGUUGAAAUAGAAGAGUUACAGAAUGAAGAAGAAGAACUGAGUCCACCCCUUAUGGAAUACAAUAUAAAUGUGAAAUCAAACACUGAAAUACAGUUGGCAGAAAUGAAUAAAGAUGGAGGCUCGAUACUCAGUGAAUCUUCAACAGAAUCCACUAAAGAUACCCAGGAAGUUAUGGAUAAACAAAAGAAAAAGAAAAAAACUAAGAAUAAAAAGAGUAAAGACUCAAAGGAAGAGCAAAUAUACAUGAAAGAUGAUGCAAGUGAUAUUCAAGAGGAUUCUGCAACCGAAGACAAGUUGUAUAGCCUGGAUGAAUUACAUAUUCUGGACAUGAUAGAGCAGGGUUCAACUGGCAAGGCAAAUACAGAAUCCGGAGAAACCGAAAAGGAAAAGCUUGCACGUCAGCAACAGCUGUUUAAACUCCACCAUCAAUGUGAAGACUUCAAAAGACAAUUGAAAACAGUGACAUUCCGGUGGCAAGAAAAUCAAAUGCAAGUUAAAAAGAAAGACAAAAUUAUUGCUUCUCUUAACCAACAAGUGGCUUUUGGAAUCAAUAAAGCUUCCAAAUUACAGCGUCAAGUUCAUUCUAAAGACAAUGAAAUCAAGAACCUUAAAGAGCAACUUUCCAUGAAAAGAUCCCAGUGGGAAAUGGAAAAGCAUAACCUGGAAAGCACAAUUAAAACAUACUUAAACAAGUUGAAUGCAGAAACUAGCAGAGCCUUAACAGCCGAGGUAUAUUUUUUACAGUGUCGUAGAGAUUUUGGUUUACUUCAUCUAGAACAGACUGAAAAGGAGUGUCUUAAUCAGCUUGCCAGGGUGACCCACAUGGCAGCAAGCAACCUAGAAUCACUUCAAUUAAAGGCUGCAGUAGAUAGUUGGAAUGCCAUCGUGGCAGACGUUAGAACCAAGAUUGCCUAUCUACGGACACAGUAUAAUGAGCAGAUCAACAAGGUAAAACAGGGUUUUGCCUUGAGUACCUUGCCUCCAGUCCAGCUUCCUCCACCACCACCCAGUCCUGAGAUACUGAUGCAACAGUUCUUAGGAAGACCUCUUGUGAAGGAACCUUUCUUUAGACCCAUACUUACUGUUCCUCAAAUGCCUGCAGUUUGCCCUGGAGUUAUCACUGCAGCUGGCCAACCUAGACCCCCCCUGAUGACGGGCAUAGCCUGGACUAUGCCAACACCUGUAGCAGAAGCUGUCCCUACUGGGGCAGGUCUUGGAAGUGAGCCUUCCAUGAUGAAUUUGGAAAGAAUUACAGACAGGCUGAAAACUGCUUUUCCACAACAUACCAGGAAAGAGCUUACAGAUUCCUUACGAAAGUUGAAGGACACCCAGGGAAAAUCCCUAUCUACAAUGACAUUUGAUGAAAUUGUUUACAAGAUUUCCCAAUUAAUUGAUCCCAAGAAGUCUCAGAGUGAAGGAAAAGCAGUGCCAAAUGGUAAUUGUGCUUCUCCCAGCCAUUCUCCAACACAGUCCAGUGCUCCCCAAACACCCAAACCAGCCUGGAGGCCCCAGAAUUCACAAGAUUCUUCCACAUGGGAAGGAGCCAAUAAUUUGGAGGAAGAAGAUGAAGAAGAGGAGCCUUGUGUGAUCUGUCAUGAGAAUUUAUCUCCAGAAAACCUUUCAGUUUUGCCUUGUGCUCACAAAUUCCACUCUCAGUGCAUUAGACCAUGGCUGAUACAACAGGGGACAUGCCCUACCUGUAGACUCCAUGUCUUGCUACCAGAAGAAUUCCCUGGUCAACCCAGCCGACAGUUGCCCAAGAUCUGAUACAACACAGCUGGCUAUGUAAAGGAAGCUCAGUUUUCAGACUGGAAUUUAGUUGAGCUUUUCAUUUUUAUGAGCUGAUCGUAACUGGUGUAAAGCACUGUGUUCUCCAGUAUUACACUAAUUAGGCUAGCCAAUUAUAUAAAGACAGUAGCCAAAGAUAUUAAGACAAAUCUCCAGGACUUAUAAACAGAACCUAAGGGGCUUAAAGAAAUGGAAUUUUAAUAGUAGUUACAUUAUAUUUGAUUAGUGAGUUUUAUUUUUCUUCUGUGAACAUGGUUACCAUAGUAUAUUUCUUAGGAUAUCAUUUCUAGUCAUUUUCCCUUCUACUUGUUGCUUGCCUUCUGUCAAGUAUGCUACAUUUUAUUAUCUGGAAAUAAAUUUAGGAAAAAACAGUAGAAUAGUAGAGAAAAGUAGGAAAAUUCCACAGAUUUCAGUGUUUCUGUAACUUUUAAAACUAGCUAUAAAAUAUAAAUGAAUUAUUUAAAUUGUCUUUCUGUCUUCCCUAUUCUUUUUUGUCCUCUUAAAUAUGUGCCCAUGAAGAGAUUAUGAGCUACUUGAUGGUGGAGACCAUGCAGUGGUGUGCUGAAGCUGGCUUGUAAUGGCUUGUGAGAGGUGAUUGUUUAAAUUGCAGGUAUUUUGCAAACCAGUUGUCAAAUUAUUAGUGGCUUGUCAUCUGCCACAGUGGGAGUGUUUAUACCUUAAAAAUUGGUCAAUCCUGUAAGCAAAUAAUUCUUUCAGAAGCUGGUUCUCAAUCAUUUACCAGCACACCACCAGACAUUCUGUGUAGAAUUAAUAUUCUCAGAAUCAGAAAUCAGGAACUAGUUUUUUUUUAAGUGUUGGGGUAUUAGUGUGCAAAUUAAGUCUUGCUGAGUUGAAUAAUUGAAAUUUUUAUGUUUAUCUGUAGAUAAUUCUUUGAACCUUAAUAAUUUGCAUUUUGAAUGGAUAUAUUUUCUGGCUUUAAAAGUUUCCAAUUUCAUGUAUUUUGGGGGGGAAGGGGAAGCUUUUAUGCACUUGGUUCUUAUGAUAAAAUGGAUAAUCCAUUGGGCUAAGCUUUAUAUCUACAGCUUGUCACUUGGAACUUUAAUUCUUAGAGGUAAAAAACUAGCAUUGUGUAAAUGUUGUAAGUGUUGUAUAUGUCAAUUAAUUUCAAAAUUAAAGUAAGUCAGACAUUGUAAGACAAAUCUUCCUUAUUUUAUAUUCAAAAUCUUGAUUUCAUUAACUUUUGGAAAACAAUAAAUGUUUUCUGAUUGAGCACCUAUUUAUCCAUAUAUUUAGUAUAAAUGUGUUUUGAAAUUGCUUUGAAUACUUAUUUAAAAUUUCUACUUCUAUAAUUGUAUAUUAAACUUUUUCUGAAUUGAAAAUAGACUGGAAAAUGUAAAGGGAAAUAAUGAAAAAAGUGUCAUUCACUUACAUGCAUAAAAUACCAAGAAUAUACUAGAAUUCAGAAUGUACAAGGACUUUGAUCAUCAGUUUGCCUAGCACUCUAAGAUCAUGGUCAUGUAGCACAUUACCUUGUAAAAUUUGCUCAUGUUUACAACUUGUUUCUUAGUUCAUGUUUACAACAGCAAUUUCAUUUUUAUGUGGAAUAGAAUAAAUGUUUUCUUAAUUGAACAAC